AUGGGCCAGCGCACUUCGGAGCGCGUGAGCGCCGGGAAGCGCGCGGCGAAGUACAUCGCCUGCACGGUCUGCGAGGAGCGGGUCGCAGCGCUCUUCCCGUCCGACGCCGACGCAGACCAGAUCGGGCGCGUCGUGGAGGCGGAGAUAGGCGACCACCUCGGGGACGCCAAGACCCUCUGCGCCAUGAAGCCGCUCGCGCGGCUCUUCCGGGGAAGACGGCUGGAGGUCUCGCCCAAGCCGGACGGGUCGGCCGAGCUCCGGGCGACCAAGAAGCACCCCCUCUACGAGGAGAUCAACACCAGCGAGCUGGCCUUCCACUGGAAGUCCCUAGCGGUCCAGCACGCCUGCAUGGAGACCUUCAGGAAGGACGGCGACGCGGUGGCGGCGGCCUUCGGGAAGGCCUACGCGGCCCUGGCCGAGGCCGCGGACGAGGCCGGCGACGCGAAGCAGCCUGGCGGGGCGCUGGCGCCCGUCUGGGCGGCGGCGCAGUCCGCGUGCCGGAAGGCCAGGAUGUGCAGGGCCGCUGCCAAGCUGAACGGUGAGGCCGCGCCUCGCGGCGCCGAGCUGUGA